CUUCUUCAUAUCAAAUAUUAGUUAAUUUUAAAAGUUCGCGCGUUUUGCUCAAUCAAAACGUUACCGAGAAAAAGUGCGUUAACAAAUUAACAAACCCAAUAUGAAGUGUUAUUUGAUUUAUUUGGUUUUGGUUGUAGUCAGUGCACUAACAGCAAAUGCCCAGAUAGAAUAUCGACCAGAAUUUAAAGACUAUAAGAAUAGUGAUGGAACUGUUUUGGUGAAUAUUGAUAAUCCAGAAACUAGACUUUCACAAUACCAUACGUCUGAUAUCGAUCGAAGCGCAUACAACUAUGGUUAUGAUGUGUCAACGGAUGGUCAAUUCCAUCAUGAAACUCGAGGACCAGAUGGGGUCACAUAUGGAUGCUAUGGUUAUAUAGAUCAAAAUGGUAUAUUGAGAGCGACACAUUAUGUUGCCGACUCGCAGGGAUAUCGGACUGUUGAAGCCUUGAAGCCUGUAUUGAUUUAUCCAAACGAAUUAUAUGACAAUUCGCUGAAAUAUGAGGCGAAUCAAAAACGAAGAGGAAGAACAAUCGAUUGGCAAGAUUUGUAUUUUCCGAUUGGAUGUGGUAUGGUUAAAGGUGGAGUUCCUCCAAAUGUUCCAUUGGUAAAACAAACAGAUGGAACAUACGUGCCGAUUGCAAAGUAUAACCAAAAAACCGAUACUUUGGCUGAAGAUCCGGCAAAUAAUCAACCAAUUCAAAAUAGUGAAUAUAAUUAUUACAAUAGUGCUCCAAAUAAUGAACAGUUUACAGAUUCAAAUUACAAUGUUCAAUAUACAACAUCGUCGAGUGCACAGAACUAUCAGCAAUCUAACAGUAAUGGAUACCAAGAAGAAUUAUACAUUGAUGAUGCUAAAGAUUUACAUUUCUCAUCCCACCAUGGUUCACACUCUACCGAAUUUACUUCAACACAUAGUCACGGCCAAGGUAGCAGUGGCGAUCAAUCAAAUGGUAGUGGAGGUCAAUCUAGCUCACAUUCUUCCAGUAGUAGUGAAAGUCAAUCUUCAGGUAAUCAAUCUGGAUCAGGAAGCUCUAGUUCAUCUAAUUCACAAGGUUCAAGUGGCAGCAACAGUGGCGGUCAUAGUCACAGCACAGAGUAUAUGAGCUCUCAUCAUGGAUCAAUGACUACUUACACCCAUACCCAUUCACAUGGCGACAAAGAUGAAAACCAACAAAAGCAGCAGCAGCACCACCAACAACAACAACAACAACCACAACAGCACCAACAAAAACCAAGCAAUGGUCAGCAGAAUCAACAAUGGAGCUCUGGAAGUAAUCAGUAUCAACAUCAACCAUCUCCCGGAGAUCAACAUGGACAAUCAAGUAACAAUCAACGACCAACUGGAAAUCAAGAAUCAGAAGGUAGCGGUUAUCCAUCACAAAAUCAAGCGUCUUAUGGUGGACCAGGUAGUUCCUCUCAAAGUCAGAGCUCCAGCUCAAGCAAUGAUCCAAAUAAUGGCCAAUCGAGCUCAUCCAGCAGUAGUUGGAGUUGGUCGUCAUCAAGUUCUGAUGGAUCAAAUCAAUCACAACAAACACAAAGCGGAAGUGGUAGCAGCAGCAGCAGUGGUAAUAAUUCAAAUCAAGGUGGUUCACAAACAAACAAACCUCAACAAGGUUCGAGUUCGAGCAGUUCCAGUUAUAGUGAAUCACAUCAAGGUUCUUCAACAAGUGGUAGCGGCAGUAGUUCGUAUAAUAACCAAGGAGGUUCAUAUGAAGGCUCAUAUGAAGGUUCAAAUGAUCCAAACGGGCCAAAUGAGCCAGUGAACGGUCCACACGGAGAAGGAUACCAACCAGAUCAAUCUCAUCAAUCUUGUCCAUAUCCAGGUCAUGGCCAUCCAGUUUCUGGUGGAAAUGUUCCAUCGAGACCCGAUCAACAAUCACAAUCAACACAAACUUCACCAUCACACGGAAGUGAUCCACAGCAACAAAAGCCACAACAGUCAUCACAGCAAGGUGGACAAACACAAAGACCACAGCAACAAACUCAAAAACCAACACAUACUGUUCAUCCAACUAGACCAACUCAUGGACCAGUAACUCAACAAGUAACCACAUAUCCUGUAUUUCCAGGUCCAGGAUCACAUUCAACGCAACAGCCUCAAAGACCAUCACAACAGACACAACAAUCAACCAGACCGACUUCGUCUCCACAAUCUGGAUCGCCAAUUGGUGGAUUAUCGCAGCAGCAACAACAACCUCGUCCCACCUCUGGGCCACAAGAACAACAACAAACGGGCGGUGAUUCACAAGGAAGACCACAGGGUUCUACGCAAGGUAAUCAAGAUCCUCAAUCGAGACCACAAAAACCACAGCAAGAUGGUUCGCAGCAGUCACAACAAGGUUCAGAAACUUAUGAUCCUCAAAGUAGACCGCAGGGUUCAACGCAAAGUAAUCAAGAUCCACACGGGAGACCACAAAAACCACAGCAGGUUGGUUCACAGCAGUCACAACAAGGUUCAGGAACUUAUGAUCCUCAAAGUAGACCGCAGAGUUCAACGCAAAGUAAUCAAGAUCCACACGGAAGACCGCAGAAACCACAACAGGGCGGUUCGCAGCAGUCACAACAAGGUUCAGGAAGUUAUGAUCCACAAGGGAGACCGCAAGGUACGACGCAGGGUAAUCAAGAUCCACACGGAAGACCGCAGAAACCACAGCAGGGCGGUUCACAGCAGUCACAACAAGGUUCAGGAAAUUAUGAUCCACAAGGGAGACCGCAGGGUUCGACGCAGGGUAAUCAAGAUCCACAAGCGAAACCACAAAGACCACAGCAAGGAGGAUCACAACAAGAAAAACCUACACAAGGAUCACAACAAGGUACUGGCCAACAAACCUCACCAACUCAACCAUCAGGUGGUAGUCAACAAUCGCAAACUGGCUUAUCUCCAUCAAAUGGCCAAUCACAGAGCCAAACAGACCCAUCAACACAACAAAAUCCACCAAAUAAUGGAAUGAUUGGAUAUAUUCCAAUUGUAUUCUUUCCAUGCAAUGGACAAAAUGGAGGAAAUGGUAAUCAAUACGGUACCCCUUAUCCAUAUCAACAACAGCAACAACAACAAGGUAGCAAUAAUCCGUGUGCGCAAUGUCCCGGCAACAAUGCGGCACAAAGAUCCCAACCAUUAUUUGGAGCUAUAUCAAACGCUCGCAUUUUCCACAAUUCAGACUUCAAUAGUGUAACUCAAGUAUUUCCACGUCCUGUUAGGGCUCGAAAGGCAAAAGUCGAUCAAAAAAUGUCCGGUCAACCGGUUCAAUAAUAGGAGAGAAAUGUCAUUAUCAUUAUGUGUAGUAAAAUAGAAUAAAUAGUCGAAAACACAUCAUCGAAAAUAAAAAUGUAAAACACAGUCUGUGAAAGUUUCCAACAGAACUGUUCAUUCAAAUGUACUAAAUGCAAAUGAAAUAAUGAACAUUGUUUUUUUUUAAGGAUACUAAUAAAAUAAUAAUUAUAACGACCUCACAAUGGAAACCGUUUUACAUUGAUUAACAAUUUUUUUUUAUAUCGACAAACGAAAUAAUAAAGUACUCAAUGUUUUUCAAAGUUGAUCCAUCCACGAUUCAGUUUCAACAAAUCCAGAGAGGGCUCCUCAUGAAAUUCAUAAUAUAUUGUAAAAAAAACCAAAUGUUAAGGUAAGUCGCCAAUUUAUUAACAGCACGAAUCGUAGAAUAUGGUGCAAAAACCGAUGUUGAAAUAUGAAAAAAAAAAAAACGUUGGGCAUCCCAAACUGA